AUGAGUGAACGUCGAAAGCGAGUGUGGGAAGCCUAUAAAAAGUACCGUCUUGUGGUAAAGAUAAUUGCAGCUUUUUCGCUUGCAAUACUUGGAAUUUCUGGUUGCAUCGCUUUCGCCAAAAUUUAUCACAACUACAAUGCAGCAGUCUGGGCUGGUGUUUCGGCUGCGUUUGCAAUUGUUUUCAUUCGAUUGCAUUUCAUGGUUUAUCGGGAUCGGUAUGAACGUUCUAUUUCAAGGUUAAGGUUCACCAUAAUAUUGUGGAUUGGCGUCGUUGGUUUAAUAGCUGCUCUUGUUGGCCUCAUAACAUACAUUGUGCUUGGAGUCAAACAUCAUGAGAAGGGUAAGCUGGCAUAGCGAAUUCUAGGCAUGCAUGACCUCCCACAAUAAAGGCUUGACCUCAUCUAAGACUGAUUAACCUGUGUGUUGAUGAGCCUUCUCCUGGUGCCAGCAUCGCUAAACUAUUUUCAGCGAUUGCAGUGAUCAUAUUGAUGUAUUGGACGAUGAAAUGAGUUGACAAGCUUCACCAGAUCGCGACGUACAGCUGUAUGCGACAAAUUGGCAACUUUGUCGAGAAAUGUUAACAUAGAAUCAACAUAUCAAAGUUACCUCAAUGAAGACGUCCAAAAUUUCCAUAAAACCCUUUUCUCAUUAACAUUAUUUGUUCUUUGUACAAAAUGGGGGAGAAGGCGUAUAACACAAGGAUAUUGCUUUUAGUUUAGGUCCAUUUUGUGCUUACGAAGUGGCUUAAGUCAUUACUAAGUGCCCUAAACGCUCCAGUAGAGUUACCGUAAAAUUCUGAAAAAUUUUCAAAGGCCCUUUUUGGGGGGCUUAUUUUCGGAGGGGCUUAUCUACGGAGGGAGAUUUGAGUUUCAAAAUCGAUUGGACUAACCUUCAGUAGUUGGAAGUAAAUUUACCGUUUCUACUUUGUCUUACUUUGUAUUUGAGGGCAAUUUUCCAAGUACAAGCCCCCGGGGGGCUUAUAUCUGGAGGGGCUUAUUUUCGAAAUUUUACGGUACCAAAAAAGAUACAAACUGACAAAUUUCAUUAGGGGUCACUAACCAUGAUGAUUUAGUAUAGCGUUAAAGAUUGAAAAAACAAUUCUGGCCCAUUUUUUCAAGUUACAAUCCAUGUCUAUCGUUGCCAUUCGUAGCAACAGAGCUCAACCCAGGAAAGAGUUUCGCUCAUGGCCUAAAUUUAUUCUUGAAUAACAAAACUAGACCAUUGUUUUUGGAUGAGUCAGCUGAUGCAAAGACACGUUAAAAGCUUUUUAAAAAGAUAGGAAACAGAGCGACAUAACUUCUUUAAAUACGGAUUUAAGAGGUGCUUUUUUGCUUCUUUUUGGCAGGGAUGGAUCCGAAAGGAUAUUUUGUGGUGUGCCUCUGGUGUGCGAAGACUGCAAUGUGGGGAUUCUCUACAUUCAUGGCAGCCAGAAAGUUCCGAAAGAAGUAUUUUGAUUCAGAUGAGAAUGAACAAAUCGUAAAUGCCUGA